UAUUACAAAGCUGCCUGACAACGCCAAACCUUACCUUCUUCUACGACACACCUUCAUAUCGAAGGAUUACAAUGGACUCUUUACUUACAUCAGCUCCCGCCACUUUCAGCUCAACUGAUAGAAUCAACAAUGCUCUUGCUACUCUAAGAAGCGAAAUGCUUGACCUAAGACAACAAGAUGGACAAUUGAUGCAACAGCUUAUGCGUAUCAAUGACAAUAUCAAGACAUUGUCCAAACGGAGGCAAGCUCCCAGCAGAUCCACAAAGAAAAAGUUUUCUUUGGUAAAAGGACGACGGAAGUUCAUCAACCCGAAUGAAUCAAUUCCAGAAGAGGAAAAUCCACUCGUGUUACAACAGGAAACGUCCAAGUAUUGCAUGAGAAGUAAUCUGAGUGGUUCCCUCUCUAGUAUCGAAGAUGUUUCAAGUUCAACAGAAGACCUGAGCUCCGCGGAAUCCGACAAUGACGAAAGCCUAUCCAGUAUAGAGCCAAAUUUUUAGUAACGGAGGCAAGUUAUAUACAGCCAACCUGUACCAGAUGAACACUUUACUGUAAAAAAAACUUUUCGGAAUCAAAAACGUCUAUGGAGUAUCUUUGGAGUGUUUUCCAUUACUGACAAUUGCGGUUUAGACAAAAUCCACAUGCAACUUAAUUUCUUUCUAUGGAGAGUAAUUUUAAAACUAAUCCAUAUUCGUGACUCUCAUAAAAGCCUAAGAGUGACAAUGAACAAUUCGAUGCCAAAAGAACUGCCUUCGAUUGUUUUGCUCCGGAGACCAAAAUGAAACUGUUAAUCUACAACUUUUCAUUUGACUUAUAUAUGUAUGGUAUGACAGUAUGUACUGUCUGCCAAAUACCGUAUUGUGUUUAUUUGGUGUUACAGUCCCUCCUUACAAUGUAUAUGGAGACUGUAUACUUAUCUAUGUAGGUAAAUUGUUAAUGAUGUUUUGACUGACAAGAUGUGUUGUUCUCAACACGUUACAUACAAAUAACAAGCAGAUCAUAUCUGUACUAAAUAUUAUAUAUCCAACAUUUCUAAACGUUCGGUUGAAUAUAAUCGAUUAUAAGAUUUCAUUUACUUUUAAAUUGAUGAAGAAUGAGAAUAUAAAUGUGUGUGAAUGAUGUAUGCUCGCCUGUUUUGAACACGAAAUAUUGACAACAGUCUGAGAUUUUAAGGCUGAACUAAUUUUAUUAUUGUUAUUUUUAUACAUUUGUUAUCGAUCGAAUAA